AUGACUCUUAUGUUUGAAUCAUUGUCAAAUGAAAUUUGGCUUAUUAUAUUUAGUUAUCUAUCUUCACGGCAUAUUUGGCGAGGUUUUGUUGGAAUUAAUAAACGUUUGAAUCAAUUACUAACUUCUGAUCUAAUUUGUCAUACUAUCGACUUGAAAGAUAUAUCGUAUUCUGAAAUAGUUGAACUACUUGAAGAUCGUGACAAUAAUUCAUAUGAUCAUCAACGGCAAGCAGAAUUUGUUUCUCAUGCUCAUGCAAUUUGUUUUGAAAAUCAAUUUGAUUAUGAGAUACUAAUUGAUCGAUGGAUAACUACAAAAACAAAUUGGCAAUUCUCAUCUAUACAAAGUAGUUAUAUUUUACUGAAUGCUAUAAAAAGCAUGUAUUCAUUAGUUUCUCAACUUAAAUUUACAAUAUUUCUCGAAUCAGAACUUCAUUAUCUUCGUCUUGUUGUUGAAGAUUCAUAUUACAGUUAUCAUUCUAGUAUUUUAUAA